AGUAGAAAUACAGUGCUUGUAGCGCCAGUUAUUCAGAACUAUGAUAAACAAUCUCGAAAGAAGCAUAACAUCUUGUGCGAUUUAUAGAAUAGUAAUUUUUGUGUGAAGUUAUUGACUUGUGUCGGGUUAUAGGGUGUCGAUAAGUAUCAUAUAUAAAGAAAUAAAUUUUAGUAAAUAAUUGAAAUGGGUAGCACAGAUAAAGCUGUGAUCACGGGUUUUAUAUGUAGACUUUGCAGCAAAAUGAACCGUUUCGUGAUCCAUAUAUACGGUGAAGAGGGUGAAAGAAUGAAACUUGCUGAAAAAAUAAAUGCUUAUCUCCCAAUUACGGUAAACAUGAAUGACCCAUUACCUAAAACAGCUUGUCUACAUUGUAUCGAACGACUAGAAGCUCAUCAUGAAUUAAUGGGACAAUUUUUAUUAGCUAAACGAAGGUUAACAAAAUCAUCAACAGUUGCAUCAACUUCAACACAAACUGUUGAUACUGCGCCAACAUCUAGUUCACCUCCAUGUUGACAUAUAGAAUUAAAAGCAUAUCUUUACGCUCAAUAUUAUUAAACAUUUUCUGUAUCUUAUUUGUAUUGUUAUUUGAAUAAUUUAUUACUAGGAACAUAAUAUUGUUAAAGAAAAAGGUAUAUACAAUUAAUCAAUUCAUUCAGCAAUCCAUAAAAUUAUUUACUUAAUUUACUUGUCUUUAAUGAUUUUAUACAAAAUUUUUUCUUAAAAUUAUUCA